AAUACUUUGAACAGUUCGCGUCGAGUAGGACUACUCCACUCGGUGGUCGAGGAGAGCCGCAGAGCGGGGCGCGGGGCGCCUUCAACGCGCAUGCGUUGGGCUCUUUUACCGAGACGAUCAGACGAUCCCUCCCUCUCAGUUGAUAUAGAGUCGUCGCGCGAGCAUACCGUGCCGUCAUGUACCGUUCGCCAACUUUCUCGAGUAGUGAUGUGAUACGAUACCGACGUGCAAACGCGACUCAUCAUUAGAUGUUAUUAUAAUAAAUAUUAACUAUAUGUUUAUUUUGACACAAGUGUCAAAGAGUGGAGUUUAGUGAAGGAAAUGUUACAGUGACUGAAAAUAAUUGGAUUUAAAAACAAAAUGAGGUGGUUUAUAGUGACAAUGAGCGUGAUGGUGUGGGAAACAAUUUUAGCCGGUAUCGCACCCCCAGGCUCGUGCCCUGCGGUGUGUGCGUGUAAGUGGAAAGGAGGCAAGCAGACUGUUGAGUGUGUGGACAGAGCUCUUAUCACAGUGCCCGAACCAGUAGAUCCUGCUACGCAAGUAUUGGAUCUGUCGGGGAACAAUCUUCAAAUUCUUCCGCAAGAAGCUUUUGCCAAAACAGGGCUGCUCAACCUACAAAGAGUUUAUUUACGCAAUUGUAAUAUUGGCCAAAUACAUGAUAGAGCUUUUAAAGGCUUAACUAAUUUAGUAGAAUUAGAUCUGUCAUAUAACUUACUCACAGAGAUUCCUUCAGAUAGCUUCAAGGAUGUGCCGUUCCUUAGGGAUCUUACGCUGUCUCAAAACCCUGUGUUGAAAGUACAUUCAGACGCUCUCAAUAAUUUGGGCAGCGUUGUCAAACUGGAUUUAUCUAAAUGCGACAUUAGAGAAAUAGCGCCUGAUGCGUUUAGAACUUUGCGCUCACUUGAAUCUUUGAAGCUAAACCAUAAUAAGUUACGCGAUAUUCCAUUAAGUUCAUUAGAGAAAAUUGAUAAACUGAGAGCUAUUGACUUGUCCGACAACCCUUGGACUUGUGACUGCCGACUGCGAGACCUCAAGUUGUGGUUGGCAAAACAUAAAUUGCUUUCCACUCCCAGCUGUUAUGCACCCACACGCCUUGCUAAUAGACCAUUUUCUGAGCUACCUAUUGAAGAGUUUGCUUGCAAGCCCGAGAUACUACCAGCCAGUCGGCAUGUCGAAGCAGCUGUGGGUGCAAAUGCCACCAUUACCUGUCGGACUGAGGCCAUGCCAAGCGCAACCAUCCACUGGUAUUGGAACGGAAGAUUGCUUCAAAAUGGAACACACUUCAAUUCACAUCAAAAAAUUUAUAUCUUCGAAGAAGGGGAUUCGAAAAAAAAGUCAUCGCUAAUACUCACUAACACACAGGAAUCUGAUUCUAGUGAGUUUUAUUGUGUCGCUGAAAAUAAAGGCGGGAAUGCUGAAGCCAAUUUCACGGUGCACGUGACACAACUCGCAGCAGGAAUGGCCUCUUUAGGAAGCGCGCAGAUUGCGAGUUUAGGAGCAGCCUUAUUCUUGGUUGUAGUCGUAAUUUCACUAGCUCUCCUGAUUACGUUUGUACGCUUUCGGCCAACACCAGCCUGUGAGAGCAAAACACCAAACACGAUAGACAGAGUCGUGUCAGGAAAUGAAGUACAUCCUACGUCGACGGAUAGACCUCAUGUCGCUGUUUUGGCUAAUAGACAAGAUUCACCGAAUUACAAUGAUCCAAAAUGCAAUCCUGUCCUAAAACCCCCAAGAUCUAACGACAUACCGUAUACUACAAAUCAUUAUGAAGGAAGAGGAAGCGUCGUGACUGCUGGGGGGCCCAUUGUAGUGUCCCCUACAGUUUCUGGGAAUAUAGACCCAGAUCUUAUAAAUGAUACGAGGCCAGAUAGCGCCGCACGUCCAGGAAGUGGCGAGUAUGCUCGGGAGACAUCAGAAUCCUUAUACCCAUCUGGUCUUUGGGAUCAAAUGAAAAUGAAUCAAGCCAGUAAUUUGGCAAGAGCGGUCAGUACUGCAAUCCCUACGUACUACAAUGACCGAACGCCAAUAAUAGAAAACUGCAGCGUGGAUGGGUCGCAGGAGGAGCUGGGCUACAUGAGCCGCACGUUCCCGCGGUCGCACGCGGUGGCGGCGCCGAGCCCCGCGCCAGCGGCGGCCGCGCCGUACCCGCCGGACUACGGGCUGCCGGUGGGCGGCGCGCGCACGCUGCGAGUAUGGCAGCGGGCGCCGCCGGUGCUCCCGCCCGUGGCCGCGCUCAAGCGGGUGCUCACCAUCACCAGGCCCUCGGCCGACGAUCACUUUCAGGAUGGCUGUGCUACUGAUGUUUAAUCUGAUAAAAGAACGCAUUGUUUGCAUAUCUAGAUGACAUGUCAGAAUUGUAAAUUUGUAUCCUAAGCUAGAAAUCAUCUAAUACGUAAGGUAUGUGUAAUUUAUACUUAAACAGGUUGUUAGUGUAAUAUUUUUUGUAUCAUAUAAUUUAUUUAGAUAAUUAAUGGAAAGUUACAUUGGAUCCAGAUGCGAAGGGUCCACGACUGAUUAGUUGAAGAAUGUAAGUGUAAAUUAUAACGUGAUAUGGAAUGGUAUCGUCUAUGAUCGCCAAAUAAUUAAAAUACUGAAUAUAAAUAUAUCUUGAUUGUUGAAACUCAAGUAAGAUGUUAAAUGAAUAUUAAUAAUAACUAUUCUGUGUAAGAUAUACACAACCUAUCCAAAGAUAUUGAACUCCCCCAGAAAGUAAUAUAAAUCAAAUAUUACUAUUAUUGUAACUCAAGAUGAAUGUUAAUCAAUGUACGAUUAUGAAUGUGUAAAUUUUAUGUUGAAAAAGAAUAAGAGAUUUAGCAGUAAAAUGGGAAAAAAAUAAACCAGGCGAUUGAAAAAUGAU